AGAAAUCCCGAAUGUAUACCACUACCAUUUCCAUAGCUCUGAUGUAUUGGUUGUAAUGUCAGAAAGCUGUCCUCGAAUACAGAAUGAACAAGCUAUUUGCCUUCGUGGGUGUAUGUUUAAAUGUCCUUUUGUUGGUCUACAUUCUCUUUUCUACUCUAAAGGAUCAGGACAGCUGCGACAACAUCCAGGAAAUAUGUUACAGUUCAAACAGACACCUUCCUAUAGAUGUUGUGUACACUUGGGUGAAUGGCUCGGAUCCAUUGUUACGACAAUCCAUUGAGUAUUAUAAGAGAUUGUACAGCAAUCCAAGCUAUGGUAAAAGUAACGAAACCUACCGAAAUCGCCAAAAAGCUGAAGAUUUUUACUGGACGAUCAUUGCUAAGUGUUCGUGAUCAAACGAAAGCAAAUUCAGCUGACUCAAAUGUUGUUGAUAAUCCUUUUGAGGUUCCUAAGGAGUGCCCCAUUGAGGGUUGCAUAGCCUCCCCGGCUGUUGUAAGUAGCAGUUACUUACCCUCAAGUACGUUUACAAUAGAGCAGAUACAGACAGUUUGUUGGCUUUGCCAACACUCUUGAGAUAAAGUAUGCUAAACCUGAGAAUGCUGAGGAAUCCACAUUGCUUUUCAUAAAGUUUCCUUCCGUAUCUGAUGCUAAACUAGCAGCAGGACGAAUCAUUACUCGAGGUUCUUUGACAGUAAAAUUUAGGCCUGUGUUCUAUACCUUCCAGCAUGGCAAAGGACCGUAUGUGAAAACUAGUAGCAAAUUGACAGAUAUUUCAAUUUGCAAACUUGAGAAACCCUCAGAACUUCCUGGUGUACUUUCUUAUGAUGAGACUGAGAAUCUGCUGUGUGUUGAAAAGGAUGAAUUCCCAAACAUUCAGCAGAAUUGCCGGGGUAUUCUUGAUAGAGAAACGUUUCUUGUUUGGCCUCCAUGGGAAAAAUACAUGAUCGGACAGUUAUCAAUCCAAGAUGUUGGUGCUCAUAGAUUUGCUGAUAAUGAAGAAUUGAGGUACUCACUACGUUCUGUGUACAAAUUUGCACCUUGGGUAAGGAAUAUAUACAUUUUGACUAACGGACAGAUACCAAAUUGGCUCAAUGUGCAGCAUGAUCGAAUUAAGAUUGUUACCCACUCGGAGGUUUUUCAAAAUAAGUCCCACUUACCAACCUUUAGUUCUCCUUCUAUUGAAUCUAACAUGAAGAAUAUACCCGGCAUAUCAGAACACUUUCUCUACUUCAACGAUGAUGUGUUCCUAGGAAGAGCAGUGUAUCCAGAAGAUUUCAUUUCAACAGAGGGAUACAAAGUUUUCUUGGCCUGGAACAUUCCUAACUGUAACACAGGGUGUCCAGCUAACUGGUUAACGGACGGGUACUGUGAUCUAGCCUGUAAUGUGUCUGCUUGUAAUUUUGAUGGUGGUGAUUGUCAGUUAGGUUCCCCGGCUGUUGCAAGAUUGGCAAACAGUGUAAUUAAUGCAGUUCCUGGGGCCGCUUCGUUUGCUCAAAGUUAUUGUAAUCCUGGGUGCUCCCAAUCGUGGGUGGGAGAUAAGUACUGUGACCCAGCUUGCAAUGUGAACAAGUGUGGAUUUGAUGCGGGUGAUUGUGGAACCAAGGACAUAAAGUCAGAACUAUUCGAAGUGGCACUAAAAUCUAUUACAAAUAACACAAACAUUGACGUUCCAGCUGGUGUAAGUGCUAUGUAUUUUAACGUGAGUUUAGAGAAUGGAACUGUGGACACUGCCAGUUUUGAGUCUGAUGAUGAGGCUCUCGUUCGGACCUCAAUCUUAUCCUUACCACAUAAGAUUGUUUCAUUAACUGUAUUUCCAAACAAAACUGGGUCUGUUUCUGUAGCAUUUACUUUUAGCAAUCAUUCAUCAAAACCAUUGGGUUGAACGUGAAUUCCUCACUAUCAGCUGAACCAUUUGUCAAAGUUGAAAACUCUGUUGACCUGAUACAGAGAAUCAAGUUCGACAAGAACAGUGGGAAAUUCCCAUCAUGACGGCCUUAGAACUUGACAAAGAGUACAGUGGAUUUAUCAGUAAUAUCAUGGACACAGUUGAUAACAAAGAUCUAUCUGAGACAGCCCAAAGUUAUGAUAACAGUCUAGUUGAACUAGUCAAGUCGGGACUGCUUACUGAAAAAGGAAGAUGGGUUAAACUUGGGAAGUUUAUUGCCAGUGAGAGAUCAGAGGAAGCUGAAGGUAUCAAUCAAAGAGAACUGAAAGCAAUGGAAAUGAUGCCAAAGAGGCGUUUACUGGACACGUUUGCAGAUUCGAUUCAUCAUGUCAAUAACAUCUACACUUCAAAAUUUGGUAAAGCACCACGCAAGGUGCUAUCCCACAUGCCUUUUUUGGUUAAUAAGACUAUACUUGGUGAUCUUCAAUCAAGAUUUCCGGAAGAAUUCGCAAAAACCUCUUCAAACAAAUUUCGCAGCUCUGAUGACAUGCAGUUUUCAUUUUCCUACUACUACUUCAUCAUUCACGCUACUCACCGCCAGAGUGUUACGACAUUUCUCCAAAAUAUAGACAUUGAUGGUAACAAUGUUUACAGCAGUGGCGAACUAAACAUUUUAAUGACUAGGUUAUUUACUCUGCCAAUCGCUGAAUCUAAUCGGACAUUAUUUUGGGAUAUCAUGAAAAAUUGCUCUAUACCAGAAACUCCCACCAUAUUUGGUCCGGAAAAUAUAACCAGUUGUGAUAACAUAACGUCCCUGAUCAACAAAACACUACAAAACGUGACCACAUACAAACACGAGAUUGUUGAUGAUAAGGACGUUACAUUUAAGAUGCUGAAGAGCAACUCUACAAGGGUAAGAAUAGAUCUGGACUACGUUAGGAACAAUCCCAAGAAGUUCAUUUGUCUGAACGAUAACAUGGACCAUGGUAGUUCGUACGAGCACUUGGAGAACACAGAUAUGCUGGCAGAGUUUUAUCAGACCAUGUUUCCUGAACCCAGCCCAUUUGAGCAUCCUCCUGGUACUGUUAAUAAGUAUAGUACUAAGGCAGAUCUCCUUGUCCAUCUAGCUCAGCAGAAUAACACGUUUUAUAUCGCUCUAUGCUUUGUGAGUUUAAUUUGCCUACUUUAUGGUUGUUAUUUAAAAAGAAGGAGUGUAAAAAGGUGUAUCAGAAAUAUAAUCUUCCGAUUUGUGAUAUAGUGCUGAUGGUAUAGUGAUGAAGUGUGCAUGUUUAUGAUGAUAAGUUUUAUUAACUCUUUAAUACUUUUUAAUACUCUGUGAUUUUUGUGUUUUGUGAUUUUGCAGAUAACAGAAAUGAAACAAUAUAUGUUUUAAUUAAUUUCCAGCUUUUUAUCUACGUUCUUUUAUGAUGCAGACUAUAUUAUUUAUUGCUUUGGUGACGUUUAAUUAAUACAAAGUUUGGGAUUUUCAAUAAAUGAAUUGAUUAAUGUGUUAGCUCGGAGACUUUCAUGACGUGUCAAUGUUAGUAACACUUAUAAAUGUAGUAAGACUUCAGGACAAGCUGUUCUAUUCGGUGAUUCUUAUUUGUUUAGAUUUACCAUUUGAAAAACAGUUACCGCGUUUCUUUAUUCCUGUUGGGCACUUACAUAUUGAAUCAAUAUUAUUGAUUUACAUUACUCAAUUCCAAGACAUUUCUUAUAUCCAUAUUCAGAUUUAACUUUG